AUGUGUCUCUUUGGCAUGUGUAAUUCACUAGGAAACUUCAGGUUGGAUUAUCAGCAAGUGGAAGGCGCUGGGCCUAGGCGGGGGUAUCAGGAAAUAAAGCCAGAUGAAGUUACCAGACUUGCUCUUCGGACUGAAGUUAAUUUUGAAAGUGUCUGCAGAAAGCCAAAUUGUACUGCAACUGAGCGAGCCAUUGCGAGACUUGCAACACACCCCACCUUGAAACCCAGAUUUGUUGAACUUAAAGCUGCUGUAAAAGCUUUUAAGGAUGCAAGAAAGAAUACAGCCAAUGCCACUCCUUCGAAAAAGGCUAAGUCAGAAGAACAGCCUCAAUCAACACAUUUCAAUAGCAAUUUGGAUGACCAAGGUCUUAAACUAGCUCAAAAACAGCAAGGAUGUGAACACAAAACAAAAACCAGUAUGAAAAUAGAAACUGACAGGGUGGCUGAAGAACUUUGUGAGAGUGAAUCUGAGCAGAAAACUGUGGAAAUGGAGAGAGCGUAUGCUCCAGAAGAAUCUUCAUCUCAAGCAGUCAAAAUGCAAGCAGUCACACAGAAUGAAACAGGAAAGAAACUUGGCUGUCAAAAAAUGAAAGAAAGUAUGAGCAUGAACAAAUUAAAUGCAAAAAAAGAAAUAAUUAAUGAUGAUAGUGACCAGGAACAACCUAAAGAAGAGGAGUACUUCGAUGAUAGUACUGAAGAGAGGUUUUAUAACCAGUCAUCAGAUUCUGACAGUGACAGCAACGAUGAUUUCUUCAUUGGCAAAGUAAAAAGAAAGAAAAAGAUAGCAGCUGUUACUGAUCUUUCUUCAGCAAAAGAAAAUGGUAGAUUUCAGAAAAACAUAGUGAAGAAAGAAAAGAACACAGCACCUGGAACAGCGCAAGAUUUGAUUGUGGAAGAAGGAAAGCCACAUGCAAAAGCAAGCAAGCUAGAAUCAAUGUUCUGCAGUUCUUUGUCUACUUCUAAUCAGAAAUCUCAAAACAGAAGAAGAAAUACCAAAGACCAGCCUCUCAAAAAUGGAAGAACAGCUUUUCUUAAAAAGGAACCGCAGCUCAAGAAGCAACCGUUUGCAAAAGCUACAAGUAUUAAAGGCAACAAUAAGAAAGCGUGUUCGGAGCAGCCUCUUCAUCCUUCGUGGGAAGCAAGCAAGAGACGCAGGGAACAAAUGUCUCAAAUUACAGCAUUCCAAGGGAAAAAGAUUAAAUUUGAAGACUAG